AUGGGCCAACGGGAGUCUACAGCACAGGCCUUGGACAUCCUUUCAGCCAUGGCAGCGGAAUGCAUUCAGGGCAUUCAGGUCAUGCAGGGCACUCAGGCAACAGCAGUGGUUGCAGCGGUGGCGCUGGUCUGUGCCUGGCACCUGGAGCAGGAGUGGGCACUUUGGGGGGAGGCUCUGGAUGCAGCGGAGGCUCAGCAGCGCGUGAGAAGCACGUCUCGGCGGGCACUGGUGGCUCAGAGGAGUGGCCUUUCACCGGGAGGAAUGUCCGAGCGCUGCGGGAGGAGGAGGAAGAGAAGGUGUGGGCGCAGGGCGCCCUUCCUGUGA